AUGAGCUCUGCUGAUUCUCUUACCUCUCAGCUUGAUGACUAUUUAAGACUUGAUCAUGCCUGUUCAGAUGUUGUGUUGGUGGGAGUAAUUAUUGCAUAUGUUACUCCUAAUAUUGGGAGUAUAAAAGGGCUUUACGUCUACAUGGGCUCGAUUUGGGAGUCUUAUGAUAGCACACUAUAA